UUCACCCGUUUCUCUUUCUCCACGGACACAGUUUUGUGUUAUCGGAGCAAGAGGAGGAUGGCAGGCUCGCUGCUGCUCACAGCACUGAUGGUCGUUGCAGCCUUCUCUCAGUGUCUCUUUGCGUCAGACAGUUGCAGUGAGGAGGUGGCUCGUCUGCAGGAACAGGAGAAGCUUCUGAAGGGCCAGCUUCAGAAACAAGAGCUCCUCCUACACAGAUUACAAGGGCUGAACCAACCUGGCAAAAAGAACAAUUCCAGACCCGACCAGAGCCAGGACACCCAGUACACAGACUGCUCCCAGCUCUUCACUUCUGGCUCCAAAUCCAGUGGUUUCUACACCAUCAAUCCCCACGGCAGCCCUUUCCCAGUCAGAGUCUACUGCGAUAUGAGUGAUGGAGGUGGUUGGACUGUCAUUCAGAGACGGAUCAAUGGAACAGAGAAGUUUAACAGGUCCUGGGCAGAGUAUAAAGAUGGUUUUGGGGACAUGGAUGCAGAGUUUUGGCUCGGAAAUGACAACCUGCAUUACAUCACUACACAAGGGAAUUAUUCACUGAGGAUUAAACUGGGAGACUUUGAUGGUAACCAGCGCUAUGCCGAGUACAAGAACUUCCAAGUGGCCGAUGAAAAGAAUCACUACCGACUGGCCUUUGGAACCUAUGUAGGUACAGCUGGAGAUGCUCUGUCUGGAAGUUAUCAGGUUGGUGUGUCAGUGUGGGCCGGUCACCAGGGCAUCAAAUUCAGCACCUACGACCAGGACAAUGACAACUACAAUGGAAGCUGCGCACAGGAAGACAAAGGAGGCUGGUGGUUCAACAAGUGUCACUCAGCCCAUCUUAAUGGUAUGUACUAUCCCAAUGGGCACUACAAUGCGUUGACAGAUGACGGUGUAGUUUGGUACACUUGGAGAGGAUGGUGGUACUCCCUGAAGACCAGCGUCAUGAAGCUGCGACCCAUCGACUUCAAAAUUGAUCCCAUUGAUGACCCCAAUGCUGUUCUUCGCAGACCACCUUUGUAGAUCAGACACAAGGCGUCAUCAAGUCUUCUUGGCGUGACUAUUUUUGGUAGAAAAAGCUCAACAAACCUUUCAAAUCCCAUGGGGACUUGUUCACACUCUAAGCACAAAUCAACCCCACUGACACCUGUUAACAAAUAUGCUUCCUGUUCUAGCGGAUUGUAUUUGGAGUAUUAGUAACUAAAAAGAGUAAAUGUAGCCAAGAUUAACUAAAGAUUAAAUUACCCAAAAGUCUGAAGUGGUUUUAAAUUAAACUGAACGCUAACAAUAUAAUCAAAUCUUUAUAGACGUUAGUAGUUAUAUAACAACAUAAAGGACUUGUGAAACCGUUUGCCUGUUUUAGAGACAUGAAUGUUGUAAGAGGAAGUAACUUGCACUCACAGCUGUCUGGUUUGGUGGAGAAAAAGGAAUUUUGACGUCAGUGUGUGCCAGACUCAGGCAGAAAGAUUGGACUGAAGGCAGUGAAAGGAGCCAUUAUCAUGCCAUUGAAAAUGUCUGUAACAAGCACUGGAAGUGUUCUUUUAUACACUACUAUAUGAUACAAGGAGCAGCUGACGUCAGCACUGGGAGUUUGUCCAAGUGUUAUAAAGAUGAACAUGAAUUGUCUAUGUAUCACAAACAAUUGAAAAAAAAGAGGAAUAAUAUUACAUGAAUGAAAACAAAGAAGGGUAGACAACAAUAAAGUGUCAUCAAGUGAAAAAAUAAAUCACAAAUAUAAAGGAUUUGUUUUAGGGUUUCAGUAUACUCUCUCUCUUUAUAUCACACUUACAAGUUAUUAUUAAAAACUCCAAUUGUGAACAUACAUCCAGCUAUAUUUCUGUUUCAUUUGCAUUAUAACCAUAUUUCAGAGAAUAAAACAUGGAAACACU